AUGUUGAAUUUAUAAAAUUAAAAUAACAUAGAACUAGAAGAAAAUGAAGAUAGUUAAGACUUAUCAGAAUACUAUGUAGAAGAGCAUGCAGUUGAGAGCGAAGAAGAUGAUAAUGGCACUAAUGGCCAAAAUGAAUUCUUUGGCAUAACGAAUCCAAAAAAACUAAUAAUCUAAAAAUCGAUAGCAAGCCUGAAUAAGCAAACAAAACUAUGA